AUGCCUCUGCUUCAGCAGAUGUUCGCCUUCGCCAUCGCCAUCACCGUCACCAACAUCACCAUCAAAGUCUCUUCCUUUUGUCUGCACGGCAACGCGCCUGUCGACGCUCCUGAUGCAGCCGCUUGCAACGCCCUUGAUCUGAAGGAGAAGGAGAAGGAGAAGGAGGCACAGCUGCAGAAGCGAAUCAUUCCGACGUUUGGGCAGAUCGAGGAGAUUGUCAACAGCGGCAUUGAAGCGGGCAAGGAGGUGCAUCUGGCAAGAGCCAAAGCCGGACUGCCCGACAUGGUGCCACGGCAGUCUCCUCCUGCUGGACCGCGACAGCCGCUGGGCGGCGCUGCCGGAAGCAGAUCUGUACCCCUUGAUGGUCUCGGUGGUAUGGGUACCGCUUCACCUGACCAAAGUGCGCUCGGGGUCUCAGCUGUAGCUCACACUCCCGCCACCGCUGCCGCGCACCCCGGCCUCGUUCCGCCGCUCACACGCCGCGACCAUAUCACCUCCCAAUUCGACCUCCAUAUCCAAGUCAUGAAGCUCGUCUCCGCCGCCUUCCGGACUUCGAACGAGCUCCGACCUAUCACCCUCGACGAGCACAGCCGCCUCCUCCGACGCACGCCCAACUGGCUCCUGCACGCAAGCUACCCGGAAACGCACCAGCUGCUGCACCGGUCUCCCCUCGGCGGCGGCGGUGGCGCAGCCGUGGCGGUCCCGAUCAUCCAGGCGCUGAUCCCGGUCAUCUUGGCCGGGAUUGAAGAGGGCGGGAAACUGGGUGCAGUGUGGAUCCAGUCCAAAGAGGCCGAGCAUGUGGAAAAGAUGAAGAUCGAGGCGGCGCAGAAUGCCACCUCGGCGGCGCAGGCUGCAGGUCAUGCGAGUUCGAGCGGUGCGAAAAGUCCAGCGGGUGGAACGGAUCGUGGUAGCGGUGGUGCAGCUAAGGCUCGGAACGGCACGGUUCCAGAGCUGAUUGGUGGCGACAAGGCUACCAAUGCGGCUGAAGCAGCUGCUGCCGCUAGAUCUGCCAAAACGAAACGAGAUGUAGCGGCUUCGGUUUCGGAUGGAUCCAGCGAGCAGUGCUCCGGUACUGCUGAGCUUUGUUUGGAGGUCAUCGAGUCGACUUUCCCACAUUGUGAACACGGGCAGCCAGGUCUCCAUGCGGACACGACGGCAGCGUCAACAACACGCCACCGAGAUGCAGCCGAGCUGGUGCGAGCCAUGGCGCUGCACUGUACGCUCAAGUGCGAUGGAUUCACACACCUCGUGCAAGGCAGGACGAACUUCGAGGAGCAAUCCGAAAGGUGCGCUGGCGAUUCGCGACUCUUCAGCAAGGUCCACUCGAUCGUGGCUUCUCUGCAUCGCAAGCAGCUGCAUCCACAGCAAGGAGACCCCGACGCGGCCCACGGUACCGCACUGGUCAAACGCGCGCGCCCCACAUGCCAGUCCAGCUACCAAGCGACGUUCGUCAACGCCGUGCGACCCGCCGCCUCGUACUCAAACAAGCUGUUCGGCUCGGUCGUGUCCGACCCGGCUUCGUUCCUGCACUGGGGUCUCGUGCACACGCUCGCCGAGUGCCUGCACGCAUGCGACCAGACCGCCGGCUGCGUAUUUGCCAACAUCUACCAGCAGAGCUUCAGCCUCGACCCCGCCGUCAAACUCACCAGCCGCUUCAACGGUGCCAAAGACCGUGAUGGGAGGAGGCUGUUUGCGGGAAAGCCGGAGAGGAAGAAGACCUCGUUUGUGCGCGGGCACUUGACUUGUGCGCUGUAUUCGCGCUGUCAGACCGAGUGCGGCGCGGAUCGUGCGAGUGGUGAUGCUGACCCCGUGUUUUUCGAACGAUCGGUGGGGUGGUGCAGGUCCAAGAUGUGCUCAAAGACCGGGCCCGAGACCAAGUGA